AUGUCUUCAGACUCGGCGUUACUUGCUAUCGCUAUUAUAGUAGCGGGUUAUUGCUUCAUGAUUACUCAUGUGGACCCGAACCCUCAUCAGGCCAGGAAAGAUCGCAACCGGGCAGACCGCAUCAGAUUCCUCACAGGGAGGGCUUUGCCUAAUUUCAGCCGAGUCUGCGCCGCUGCGGCGAUCUAUCACGCACUCUUUACCAUGGCUACUCGGCACGCCCCUACUCGAGUGUCCCAAAUAUGCCCCCUGGCUCAUAACACCAACCCAGACCUUUUUGCGUGGAAUAUGGUGUCUAUCGUUCCCCUCCUCAUCUACCUUGGCACGUAUAUACGACUGUCGGCCUACGGCGGACUUGGCAAAUUAUUCACGCUCCACUUGGUACCACCCGAUCAUCUGGUGACAACAGGCAUCUAUCGGUGGGUCCAGCAUCCUAGCUAUACAGGAAUAGGAAUGAUAUGGUGGGGGUGCUUCGCAUUGUUUCUUCGCUGGGAUGCGACGCCUGCUUGUUGGAUCCCCACAUUCGCAUUGUCUCAAUGCUAUGGCUGGGGUGCUACCAUUCUGACGGCCAUCGCCGGGUCUGUAGUCUGGUUCUUCGGUGGGAGGGUGCUCGAUGAAGAAGUGAUGCUGCAACAGAAGUUUGGGCAGGAGUGGGAGCAGUGGCAUCGCUCAACAAAGAGAUUGAUCCUCGGUGUAUUUUGA